AUGGAUAGGAUGUUUGAUGAAUUUGCAAAUCUCUGGAUGAAAAUGAAGAUUCAAGUUAAAACCAAAGAAGAGCUUGAUUCAAAACAGUACAUAUUCAGACCUCGUGCUUUUGACAUUAAAGAUGUCAUUGAAAUGGACGUAUCUACCCUCGAAAGUUCGAUUGCCAAUGAAGCUUUCUCAGAGUGGAAGGAGUUGGCUUCAGAGGAAGUAUCUGUUGAAAGUGAAAAGGAUUUCUGCUUGAUUCCAGAGUCUCCAUUCUAUCUAGAAGGGCAAGGUGGUCUUUUUGAGUUCAUUCAACAUAGACUUAAAGAGAAUGGGCAUGUGGUGACUGUGUUAGCUGAAGGAGCAGACCAAGAAUAUGUUUCUGAAAUGGGUGAUGAUGACCCAAUCCCAGAUGUGAGGAAGCCUGCCAAGCGACAGUCUGGUAAAGGUUGGUUUCUCUUCAAUUUCUUGAUUCUUUUACUUAUAACAAGGUUAAGGAUUACCUUUUCUUUCUGUAACAUUUGCAGAGAUUAUGAUGGAAAAGUUACUCAUGAGGAAAUGGCAUCUGCAGCAAUAUACUUGAAAGAUAAUUUAGGCAAGGAAGGAGUUCAGGAGCUUAUCAACAACCUUUCCAAAGAGAAAGAGGGGAAUAUUCUUGUUGAAGACAUAGUGAAAUUGGGCAGUCGAGCAGAGGAUGCUGACUGA